CACGUGACGUAAUCUUUUAUUUUGGGCGUCUGUUCAGCCAGUUUGUGUCAGAAAAAUGGCGACUGUAUAUUGAAUUUCUCAUUCUUACCGUCUCUAAAUCCACCAGAAUCAAGCGCUGGUAGUUAUUGACAAUUAUUAAUACCAGCUAAUCCUAUACUCUAACCUCUACACAACGUUACUGAAGAAUGAUUUUAUAGUUACAGACAAGUUACCAAGAGCUGUGUAUAUAUAUUAACGUAAACAGUCAAAGUGCGAAUAUCAUAAAAGUGAAUAUCAAGUCCUCAAAAUGAGCUCCAAAGAUGAUGAAUAUGAUUACCUCUUUAAAGUUGUCUUAAUUGGAGACUCUGGUGUGGGUAAAUCGAAUCUACUGUCAAGAUUUACUCGGAAUGAAUUUAAUUUGGAAAGUAAAUCUACAAUAGGAGUGGAAUUUGCUACAAGAAGUAUUCAAGUUGGUGGCAAAGUAAUAAAAGCACAAAUCUGGGAUACUGCUGGCCAGGAAAGAUAUAGAGCUAUCACUAGUGCUUACUACAGGGGAGCUGUUGGUGCUCUGUUAGUUUACGAUAUAGCAAAACAUAUUACAUACGAAAAUGUAGAAAGAUGGUUAAAAGAACUGCGGGACCAUGCGGAUGCAAAUAUAGUUAUAAUGUUAGUUGGUAAUAAAUCGGAUUUGAGACAUCUCCGUGCAGUUCCAACAGAAGAAGCAAAAGUUUUCGCAGAAAGAAACGAACUAUCAUUCAUAGAAACUUCUGCGUUAGACUCCACAAAUGUCGAAGUAGCAUUCAGAAACAUUUUAGAAGAAAUAUACCACAUUGUGUCGCAGAAGCAAAUAAGAGAUGCAUCAAGUCCAACUGGCAACCAGCCUAGUCAUGAUGCGCAGACUAUCCAAGUAGCACCAACUAAUGAACCGGACAGCCGAAGAAACAAGUGUUGCCAGUAGUCUCCCCCCUCUCUCUCUUUAUUAAAUCACUACUCAUAAUGUAAAAUGCAUCGAAUUUAAAGUAAUAUUUUUGAUUAUGUUAAACACACAAUAUAAAUUUAUUUGUGCCUAAGUUUUGCAGUUUCUUGAUUUUUCUGUGGCAGUUAAUAAAUUUGUGUUGAUUUUAAAUAUUUUAUAAUACGUGUUGAAUACCGAGUGAAAUUAUACCCUCAAUUUUUUUUACUUUUGCACAAAUGUUGUUGAUAGCUGUUUAGUGAAAUGAGUGUUCAGUGUGAGAUUUUUUAAAGAAAACUUUCAGGAAGUUAAAAUGAUGUAGAAAUUACUACUUAGGUAUUGACUUUGUAUUAUUAGAAAGAGUUGUAGAUUGUAUUGGGCUUUUUUUCUUUAUAUGUUUGAAUUAUGUUAAAUAAAGUGUUUCUAAAUGAACUGGUCCAAUUCUACGUCCCAUCAAACAAACUGCUAUUUAAUUGCACUUCUACUUCGAAGUCAGUCAGCACACACAGGAAAAUGUUUGGACCAGUUCGAACAUUUUUCAAAAGAUCGUGUUUUAGUUGAUUUUGUGACAGAUUUUGUAUCGUUUUUGCCAGUGUUAAGUGUUGUGCGGAGUCAUUAUGGUAGAUUUCUGUUUAUGUUUGUCUUGUUGUGCCAAACAUUCAAUAUAGUCAGCCCUGUGCAAACAAAGUCGUAAACGAAACAUAUUUUAUUGUCUACAGUGUAAGAUGUUUAUUGGCAGUAAAAUCAAUUGUUUUAAUGUAA